AUGGCUUUGCGGGGCCGCUCGCCCCAGGCCACGCUAAUUGCACUGAAUGGUUACGACCCCUACCGGCUCUAUUAUGACAUUCCAGUGUCAGGAGGCUGGCGAGAGUGCCAGGAUCCGAUCAGUGGCCGGAGAUACUGGAACCUGGUGAACAUGAAUCUUACAAGCUGGAGCUUGGUGGAAGUUCUGCGCCUCAACGCUUUGGAAGAGUUUCUCUUGCUCGGCGAAUGGACCUUGUUCACCGUGAUUCCUGAAAAACUGGAGGAGUACGAGGAUCCGGGCUACAGAUACAACGUCUUCAGCACUGUGGAGAUGACGGGCCAGCCGAUUGAAGUGCUCAAGCCGGGAACCGUGGUGACGAGUGUGGGCAUGCCAAAGCCAGGGAUCGUGGAGAUUCUUCUUCCGGAUGCCGAUGGCGUGGCAAAGCUGGGCUUCGCAAAGUACCGAUGGCCCCCGCAGGAUGGCACCCGCUACUUACAGCGGCUUCCAGCCCGCAUGCGCACAGACGACGUGGCCGGAAUGAAUGCGGUGGUCACGCCCGUUUGGGUGGUUCUCGAGCCCGUGUCUGGAACCGAAGGCCCUGAGGAGGGAGAUGCUCUCCUUGUCACGGAGGGCCGGGACCCUCGCAGCGAGCCGUUGGGGUGGCUGAAGGUGGGCACUUCGAUUGGGCUGAACUUGAUUGAGGGCACCCGCGCGCUCGUGGGAUGGAUCCACGAGGAGGAUGAGCAAGACCUGCUGGAUGGGUGGAUCUCAUUCGUCCGACUCGACGGCUCCCCAACCCUGCGUCGCGUGCUGGAGGAGUUUAGAACGUUGAUGCACGAAUUGGAGGCAGCCGGCAUGUCUCCUCACGAGGCGAUCGAAGCCAUCGAGAAGCUCCAGGAAGAGUUGGCGGGCGACUCCAGGACACCAGAGAAGUCCCGAGUGGAUCGAAGCUUCCGUCGAGGACAGGCUUCUGGUGACCUGGUGGUUGUUCCUGCUAUCAUUUCCGACCUGUCCCCCAUCAUUACUUUCAUCCUCAUCGUCCUAGUUAUCCUCUGGCAAGAGCAGCGAGAGACGGUAGUUGGUGGCUGGCGCCAGAUCAUGGAUCCAGUGUGGAACCGCCCUCUCUACGUCUCCCCUGUCAACGGCCGAACGACCUGGGGUGUGAAUGAGGUCAUACGAACUGGAGGACUGGACGACCUCCUCUUGAACAGAAGCUGGGAUCUGUGUUGUAUUGAUCCAGAAGCUCUCGAAAUUCAGAAGCAAGACGACUGGUGCAUGAACGUCUAUGCGGAUUCCGGCUUGUCCGGCGAACCCAUCGCUCGCUGGGAGAAGGGGCGACUCAUCGUUACGCAGAUGUUCGAUGACACGACAGGCAUUGCGACUGUGCUCGUGCCACCGACGGAGCCGGGUGGUGAUGCAGCCACCGGCUACGUCAAGUACUCUAUGCGAGAUGGCCGACCUUUGCUGAAGGCUAUGGUGGCACCAGUUGAAGAUCCUCCUGAGCUUGUGGAGGGCCAGUUGAUGCCAGGCGCCAAGCCUCCAGAUGAUGAGUUCCUCGAAGGGCCGUUCUUCGCAGUCCUGCCGCUCGGGAAAGAAGAAUUGAUCGUUACGGUCGGUGCGCCUCUGAGCAUUGCACAGGCACAGUGUGGCCAAAAGCAAGGGCGGCAGAUAUAG